CGCAGUGCUCGAACGUGCCUUGUGAGCAGACGAUUUUCCGCCGCAGCCCAUGUCACAUGUAUCGGAACUCAGGAGUUCUCUAUGCUCUCCAAGCUCCUAUUAGUGUUGGCUCUACUGCCGGUUUUGUCUUCAACCGAAGAAAUUUGCACUUUGAGCCAUUUGCACGGCUGUUUGGAAUCGCUGCAGUCUGUCACGCAAGGGAACGACCUCGCUCUGGCGACAACUCGGGCAGAACUUUUGGCUGUUUGCAGCAAACUCCAAGAAAGUGUCUUGUGUGUUGAUGAGCAUAUGAAGAAUUGCUUCUCGGUGACGCAAAGAAAAGUGUUUAAUCAUCUCGUAGCUGGAGCGAGACAAUUCUUGCUCGAACUGUGUGUUUCAGGUCCAAUUCAGGAAGCGUACCUCAGGCACUCACCUUGUUACAGAAAUGUGUCCCUAUCAGAAGACAAAUGCGCACCAAAGUAUAGACAUCUAAUUUACCUUUCUGAAAAUGUGAACGAGAAAAAGGAUGUUGAUGAAGGACUCCGAGAGUCAUGCUGCGCUUUCGAUGAAUUCGUACACUGCAAAUACAUGUAUGUAACAAAAGACUGCGGCCAAGAUGCAGCAAAUUUCCUUCAACAACAUUUAGACAGAAUCUCCAGCCCAUUGAUUCAUGAGCAUUGUGCCCAUUACACAUAUCCAAUUAACUCUUGCUUGGCAUCAUCCAGUGGACUCACUGCUGUGUUUUCGCUGCCCAUUUUCAAGCUGACAAUGAUGGCGGUCAUAUGCUUCAUCAUGAAAACACAGACUGAAGAAAGUUUCUGGAUAUGAAAUCAAAACUAAAUCAUUCCACGGAACAGAUGUGCAUAGUAUUGUUGUUUUCUACUAAAUAUUCUGUUGGAAUUUCCAGCUUUUAUCAUUUAUGUAACGAGUACAUUACCUAAAAAUAAUGUAAAAUCAAAACAACUGCACAAAUCAAAUUUUCAGUGGAAGUGUUAUAAAGAAAGCACAGAAUCAAAAUCAAAACUUUAGAAAAGCUAUAGGUUGUUCUGAUAAGUUGAAGCUUGAUCGUCACAAUAUUUACUUCUUUUUGGAGGUAAUAACGAAAGGUGAUUGCGCUGAGUUGAGCAAGGCUACACUCGUAGUAGUUUGGCGAAAGUAUUCCUACUGAAAUCUAAGCCAAUAACACUAUUUCACAGGACUCCCCAAAAAGUAGCCAACGUUGUCAAGGUCAAACAUCAAGUUAUCAGAGCUAUGCUAUAAAAGUGAUAAAUUGUGAAUUUUAUAUUCCCCUGAAAUGAAGUCAAAGCUACUACCCAAGAAAAUAUAAAUGAAAAAAGUGCAUUUUUAAAAUGUUCUCAACGGUUUUUUAUCCUUUCAUUGAAACAAAUUAAAAAUUCUCGGGGAAAUAUUAAUAAUUCUUCAAAGUACAAUUCAUAAACUUUUACUGUUU